ACUGAGUUUGAUGACCUUGAUAUCAUGAGUGUCAGGCCAUUAUGGGUGAGCACUCCCAUGACUGAUCAUCAGAAAAUAGGAGGCUUUACAAUUUCCACAGAAGAGCACGCUAAAGCAGCAUUAGAGAAACUCGGCUAUGACGAGUGGACAAAUGGGCAUUGGAAGCAUGCUCUGCAGUAUCAUCUUGUCUACUUGAUUCCAGAUAGGUACUUCCAAAAGAAAAUGCUGAAGAAAUAUCGUGACAUGUACUAGAAAGAUCCUUCAAUA